GAAGACCCACAAUUUAGGGUUUUUCCUGAUAGGUGUUAGGAAAUUUGAACCUAAAGACCAAAACUGUUUAUUAUCUCUUUGGCUUUGCCGGCGACAAAGACUUGCUUCUAAAGAUGAAAGAACAAAUGGAAAACACUUUUCAAACGUAUUGUCAAGUUUUCAUUUUUAUAGGUAACAAUUACGCAAUACUUUCUCAAUACAGAGCUCCCAAUUCUGCGUCCAUUCAAUUUGAUUGACCUCAAAACCAAGCAAGAACCAAACCGUUGAGUAGGUCAAACGUCGCUGACCAUCAAAUUCUUGGUGGGUCUAGUUUAGAUUUUGGUUGUUCGAUUGCCUGCAGUUGAAGAACAUGAUGCUGUGCGAUGAAUUUUGGUUCUAAAUUUUUUGGAUUAUUCGGUAUGGUUACGGCAGCUCCAACAAUAAAGCACGAGCAGAUGAUUGAGGUCGACCUUCCUAAGGAGCAUAUCGUAGCUUCAGUGGCAGAGGAUCGAGAAGCAACUUGUUGGGGUUGUGGGCUGCGUCUCUUGCUUCCAUCAGGUGGACCUGUUUUCAAGUGUGGUUGGUGUGGAGCCAUAACAAAUCGAAGUGCACAGAAGCAGGAAGACAAGUCCUUAAAGUGGAGGUGGUUACGUGACCGUGGUUUUGUUUGUGUCCUACUUGUAUUCAUACUUUUUGUGAUAUGUGGUGGUGUAUGGGCCGUAUAUCCUGUUGUUUUCUCAAUUAAUCAAUUUUGUGGAAUUUUCCACUCCACUGUGACCUUGGUUUUUGCUGUAUCCACCCUUUCUUCAUUCACUCUCACUGCAUUUAGAUCUCCUGGAGCACCUCCAAAUGUCCUAUGGGGCAGCUAUCCAGCUGUAGAGAAGGGUGACCUUGAAAACUAUACCUUCUGUCACUACUGCUUGAAGCCAAAGUCACCUAGAACACACCAUUGCCGCUCCUGUGGUAUGUGUGUUUUGGACAUGGACCACCAUUGCCCAUUUAUAGGGAAUUGUGUUGGUGCAGGAAAUCACAAACACUUCAUUCUGUUCCUCAUUUCAGCUAUUGUGAGUACAAUAUAUGUUUCAAUCAUGGCUGUAUACUCGGUUCUGCAUAUGUGGCCACCGUUAUCAAUCCACGAGUUCGUGCAUCUGAAUGGUUCUGGAAGCAUGCUCGGUUGGAAUCUUUUAAAGGAUAUCAUUCAUGCUGUUCUAAGCUCCACAACGCUACUGUCUAUCAGAGGGUUCACCCUUAUUUAUCUCUUUAUCUCAAGUUUCUCAGUUCAAAUUGGAUUGAUCGUACUUCUAUGCCAACAACUAUGGUAUAUUUACGAGGGGAAAACUUAUUUGAGCCACUUGAGCUCACAGGGUGAUGAUGGAGAGAAGGAUUGCCGAAAUCUUCUCCGCUUCUUUGGUUGCCCAUCAGUUUCUUUCUAUUGGCAUUUGCCAAUUUUUCGGAGGUCAAAAAAAAGACACGAGAAGUGAACAUAAUUCUUGUAAUGGUAAUCACUGCAUCCCAUGUUUGAUCAUCAUAAAGAUCACAUGUUGCAUUUUUUGGGCAUAUCUUUCUGACUCUUUUUUCAUAGUUGCCGAAAACUUGUGGUAGAAAAAGGCAUUUGAAUUGAUUCCAUAGAGGAAUGCUUAUGGAAGGAAAUUAUUGAAAGUAUUAUAGAAGUGAGAAUUCCUCGGUGUGAUGAUA